AUGCUGGUACAGCCCCGAGUAGAAUUUAUUCUGUCUUUCAUUGACCACAUUGCUGGAGCUGAGGAUCAUAGAGACGGAGUAGUAGUUUGUGCUGCCGGACUGAUAGGGGACUUGUGUACAGCAUUUGGGAAGGAUGUACUGAAAUUAGUAGAAGCUAGGCCAAUGAUCCAUGAACUGUUAACUGAAGGAUGGAGAUCGAAGACUAACAAAGCAAAAACCCUUGCUACAUGGGCACCAAAAGAACUGAGGAAACUGAAGAACCAAGCUUGA